AUGUCGAAGCGCGGACUGGACACGACCAGCUCCGCUGGGUUCGGGGACGAAUUGCGCAACGGGGAUCAAUCGACUGCCGGCUCCGGAUCUGAGGCACAGCCGCCGCGACACAAGAUGCACAAAUUAAAUCCGCAGCUGGCGGCGCGCCGGCGGACGACGUCGUGCGCCGCGUGUCGCAAGCAAAAGAUCAAAUGCGAGCUCCUCGCCGACGGGCCGCCGUGCGAGCGGUGCAAGCGCAAGAACAUAGAGUGCAUCAUCAACACGGGGCUGCGCAACUCGAUCCUCGAUCAAAGGCAAAUCGCAGCCCUGAGGAGAGACCUCGGCAACAUGCACGCCAACCUCGAGCGCGUCUGCCAGCAUCUCCAGAUCUCGGGCCCGCUGCCGCUCGAGACGCCCGCCGUGAGCGCCGACCUGGCUGCCUCGCACCGCGGGCCCGACGCCGACUUCGACCUGCUCGACGACGACGGCCUGGCCGAGCUCUCUCCGCCGGGGUCCCCCAGCGCGGUGCAGGCGCCCAUGGACGCAUACCUCGCGCCCAGCAAGGACGCCACGCCGGGCGGCGGACCGGGCGGCGGCGGACCGACGAGCGCCGGCGCGUCCGGACGCCCGCGGCCGCACAAGCGCCCGGACAUCAUCAGCAAGGGCCUCGUGUCGCCCGAGGACGCCGAGGCGCUGGUGCGCUUCUACAUGACGGAGCUGGACUCGGUCAUCUACGGCCUCGCGGGCCUGCACUCGACCGUCAAUGCCGUGCGCGAGGCGUCCCCGACGCUGCUCGCCGUGAUUUGUACCGUCGCCGCGCUGCAUGACGUCGACCACGCCCAUCUCUACGAUGUCUGCUACCGCGAGUUCCGACACCUGGUGUCGACGGCGCUCUUCGAGAAGCGUGACAUCGAACACGUGCGGGCGCUCGACGUCGCCGCCUUCUGGCUGCCCGAUACGUCCCGCGUCGUCUUGUACGAAGCCGUCCGCCGGCUCGGUGACCUGAGGGUGCAUCGACACAUCAGCAAGGCGUGCACACCCCCCGACGAUGCCUUUGCCGUGGCAACGCAGCACCCUACGCGCGACGGGGCGCGAGACCGAGUUCGCCUAUGGUACACGCUGUACAUGUGCGACCAGCACCUGUCGGUUCUCUACAACAGAGACAGCCUGAUACGGCGCGACAGGGACAUUCUCGACAAGCGCGCCCUGUUCCUCUCGGCCCCAGAUGCGACAAUGCAUGAUCUGCGCAUCGUGGCGCAGGUGACGCUGCUGCUGUGCAUGAGCCGCAUGAAGGAGACGUUUGGGUCCGAGUAUCCCACGCGCGUGCCAGAAGCCCUGGCGCCGCAGAUUCCCGUGUUUGUGGACGAGCUGGAACAAUGGCUUGCCCAUUUCCCUCCUCAGUUCCGCCAAGAACCCGGCACGGGCGAGUUCCCCGUCUACGCCUUCAAGCUACAUUACCUCUUCGCCAGGCUGUACCUCGGCCACCACGUCUUCCGCGGACUGCACUCGGGCCUCAUCCCCGAAAUCUUCCUCCCCGCGGCGGCCAUGGCGCAGGAGGCCUCGCUCGCCAUCUUCACCAUGAUCCUCACCGAGGACGUCCUGCGGCGCACCCUCGUCAAGGUGCCGAGCUACGUGCACAUCAUGAUCUCCUUUGCGGGCCACUUCCUGCUGGAGCUGUGCCUCAAGCACCGCGAGCAGCUGGGCAUCAACGUCGAGGAGUGCUACCGCUGCAUCAGCCGCACCGUGUCGCUGCUGCGCGACACGCCCAUGACGAGGCACCACCCGCUGUCGCGCGUCACUGACGGGCUGGCCAAGCGGCUCGUCGACUUUGCGGCCGCGUACGGCAAGGAGGUGCUCACCGAGUCGCCCGAGUCGCGGCUGGUUUCUAGGCAGAGCUCGAAUGAGUUGCCGUUUAGCGCGCCGCCGUUUGUGGGCGCGCCGGGCCCGACGGGCCCCGUGUUUGACCUCGAGUCGGCCGUGAUGCCGGACGAGUUUACGUAUGCCGACUACGGCGAUGUUGGGUUUCCGGGACCAAUGCCGGAUUUCACCAUGAAGUAUGACUAG